AUGGCAACUACCUCAAGACAAACUCUACGGGUCCCUCAUCUUGGAGGGACUGCAGUAGGCUAUAGAACGUCUACUCCUAAUUUUGAUUCUACAAAGCCAACUGUAGUGCUGGUGAAUCCAUUUACCGCCACCGUCGACUAUUAUAAUGCCGAGUUUGAGAGUCAUGAAUUGACAAAGGCUGUGAAUCUCAUUGCAAUCGAACCACUGGGUCAUGGAGCGACAGUCACAAAAAGCGAGACAUGGACGUACUGGGACUCCGCAUCUGUCAAUCUACAGCUCCUGGACGCACUUGGUAUUGAUCGAGUGUUUGCAGUAGGAACAUCUCAAGGCGGAUGGAUAGUUACGCAGAUGGCGCUAUUGGCACCAGAGAGAGUUGGUUUUUUUCCCCCUACAAUGCUUCAGAUUAGCUCGACUGUACUAAUUGUUGAUCUUCAAUCUAUCAAGAUUCAGGGACUUGUUGUGAUUGGGACAUCCAUGGAUUCUGAGUCUCCUCGAAGCCGUGACCUAGGCUGUUGGGAUUGCCCGACAGCAACUGCCGGAUUUGUCCAGCUUGCGGCUGACUUAACACCCAAAGACGACUUCGAACCCGGACAAGAUUAUUACGAUUAUCUCAUGGAUAUCGGGCAUGGGAAGGAUGCCGAUGCUCCCACGAGGGCGUUUUGGGCCGAAAUCAUCAGAAAAACGUAUCAAGGAGAUGAGGGUAAGAAGAAAAUUUGCAUGGCUGCGAUCAACCUUGUCUCGCGAGAUGGUUUAUACGAAAGGCUGCCAUACAUUAAAUGCCCGGUACUUUGGUUGCAUGGCACUGCAGAUGUCGUAUUUACCGUUGCAAAUGCACAGGAAGGAAUCUCACAUUUUGUCAAUUCAACUGACGCCCAACUUGUAAUUAUAGAAAACGGAGUUCAUUUCUUGGGUGCCAGUCACCAAAAGGAAGUGCAGGGACAUAUUCUCGACUUCACGUCUCGCUGGAAGUAA